AGAAGAGUCAUCUACCGAUGUGUGGGACUGGAUGACUUUUAAAGCCCUUUUCAACCUGAUGUUCUGUUAGAAAAACAGAAUUUACUUUGCAAUGAUUGUAAAAAAAUUUUUUUUAAUUGCUUAAUUAAAAAUUAUGGGCCAGUAUUAUAAUACAAGCUAAAUAUCUUCUGUGAAAGGGAUAUGAAGUUAUAAAGGAGUCAUCAGAUCUGUGGGAUUAAGCAGAAGGUAAGGACUUUGAGGCAGAUCAUAAAAGAGGUGAUGGGCCGGAAUUGGAGCAUACGUGAGGGAUGUAAUUUUAAGGAAACCCUAGUGGUGUACUGGUUAAGUGCUACGGCUGCUAACCAAAAGGUUGGCAGUUUGAAUCCACCAGGCACUCCUUGGAAACUCUAUGGGGCAGAUCUACUCUGUCCUAUAGGGCCGCUAUGGGUCGGCAUUGACUUGACGGCAAUGGGUUUGUUUGUUUUUGAUACAAUGAUUGGUGCUAAGGCAGUGUUAGGAUUUGAACAUUUAGAGAUAGAACCUCAUUUGCUAAAUGAGAGGAUUUUCUUUGCUCAGCCUUUAGUGAGGUGAGCAUGAAGUGAUACAAAAAGUGGAGGAACUUAGACUGAACAAAGAGAGCAAAGAGAAGCCAUCAUUGUCAGGUUGUUUGUGUGCUUACCUAUAUUCUGGGGAGAAAACUGUUUGUGCUACCCAGGGGCCUAACUGCAUAUAUAAAGGCUUGAAAAAUAUUAAAGAAUAAUAAUAUGUUUAGAGGAUAAGAAAGUUGGUGUAACUAGAGUGUUGCAAUUGUUUGUAGAAGUAGAAUGGUUGGGAUUUGUAAAAUAAAUGGCACCAAAUUACAUCACAUUAUCUAAGCCGUGCUUUGGGGUUGGGACUUUAUCCCCUACAGGCAGCGGGCAGGGAGCUCUUUGGGAUUUUUAAGAUGGCAAGCAACUUGGCCCUGUACACAUUUUGGAAAGAGACUCUUGACAGCAUGGAUGGUAGAGGAGUGGGGGGCAAAGUUCAGGAGGCCUGGAAUUUUGACAGGGGUAGAUGGUCCAGGUGAGAGAUAAUGAGUUCCUUGAAUUAGGACAGUGACUGAAGGAUGUAAAAGAGGCAAGGAACUGAGAAAUCUGUAGGAGUAGAAUCAUCAGGACUUGACGAUUAACUGGAUGUGUGGAUUGGGAUGAAGAAGUAGGCAGACAAGAACAGAUUGGAAGUUUCAGCUUGGAUAUCUAGUUGGAGGAUGUAUCGUUAGUUAAUGUAAGGAGUGCCACGAGGGAAGCAGGCCACAUUUGAUUCAGGCAUAAAUUUCUCAUCACAUGUUCAGACUUCUGUACAAAGGUUUUAUUUUUUACAAUCUUGGAAACAAAUGCCACAUAAGCCAAAUAAAUUUCUUAGUUUGAUAAAAUGUAUUAGCUUCCCUUUUGUGAAAAGGAAGACAUGGCAGUAAAAGGAAAAUAAUCACCAGAGAUUUUAAAACAAACUCCUAGUUUUUCUUCAUGUGUCCCAUUUCAAAUUCCCAUAAUUUCUACCAUUUAAAAUUAAUUUUUGCCUGUCAACAAAUGACAACCCUUGCUGUAGGCAGAAAGCAGAAAAUAAAACAGGAUUCAUCUGGGUUUACAACAUAACUUGGAAAAGCUAGUAUUUUUUUUUUUUCAUGAAAAAAGUCUAAAAACUAUCCAAGUAGUAAAUUAGUUAAAUAACAGGUUAUUUCCGUUCUAAAAUACCUAAGCAACGUGCAUGUUGAGGAAAGAGCUAUAAGAUGAAGUUGUGUUGUUGUUGUUUUUAAAUGAAAGAAGAAAAAUUGCAGUGUUGAUUAGGCUCCUUUAAGACACCACUAAACUAUCACUGUUCACUAAGCCUUUCUUCCCAGCUGUAUUCCUCUCCUCUGAGCUCCUGAAGUUCUCCAUGAUUAUGUCUGUCAUCAACGUAUUUAGCAGUUGGCUGUUACCUUGUCUCUCUCCCCAGCUAGACUGAGCUCCUUUAGGCCAGGAACUAUUUCACUCAUAUCUCUAGCUUUUGGCUCAGCAUAGAACUCAUACUAGACACUUUAUUGUUGAACUGAACUAAAGCUAAAGGUAAAAUUUAAGGUAAAGAAAAAAAAUAAUAAACCAAACCCAUUGCCAUCAAGUCGAUUCCAACUCAUAGCGACCCUGUAGGGCAGAGUAGAACUGCCGUAUAGGGUUUCCAAGGAAUGCCUGGUGGAUUCAGAUUGCCAACCUUUUGGUUAGCAGCCAAACUCUUAACUGCGCCACCAGGGUUUCCAAGGUAAAGGAAGUUACCCGAAUUGCCAGUGCCAGUUGGGUGUUACCAUUCCACAGUUGAAAGAUAAGGAAAGGUAUCACACCUUGCGAUUGGAAUAGUAAACAGUUCUGUUGCUGUUGUUGUGUGCCAUCAAGUCCAUUCCUGCCCACAGCAGCCCUGUGUGACAGAGUAGAACUGCCCAUAGGGUUUGCAAGGCUGUAAUCUUUACGGGAGCAGACCGCCAGGUCUUUUCUCCCACGGAACAACUGGUGGGUUUAAACUGAUGACCUUUUGGUUAGCAGCUGAGUGCUUAACUGCUGUUCUAAGGUACCACACAUAAUUUCAUUGUCUCUGCUUCUGGAAUGAGCACUACUCCAACAAAGAGAAUUAAGUAGUCUCUCCUCAAAACUCUGAUGGUUCUUAAUCCAUUAUUAUCCACCUCUACCAAUUAAAAUGGGUGCCCUUUGAGGUCACGAAUUUAAUCUUGAUCAUCUUCGUGUCCCCAGGUGGUUGCACAAAGCUCAGCAGAUAUCGUUGUUGUGUUCCAUUGAGUCAAUUCUGACUAGUAGCUACCCUAUGGGACAGAGUAGAACUGCCCCAUAGGGUUUCCUAGGCUGUAAUCUUUAGGGGAGCAGAUCGCCAGGUCUUUUCUCCCAUGGAGCUGCUGGUGAGUUCAAACUACCAACCUUUUGGUUAGCAGCCAAGUUCUUAACCAUUACUAUUUGCUCCUUGUGCAGCAAAUUAAAAAAAAAGUGCUAAAUAAAGCACCUAAAGGAAGGAAUGAGGAAAAGACUGAGUCUUACUCAGACAUCUCCAAAGUGUUUGAGAAUCACUUGAGGAAGUUGAAUGGUGUCAGGGACAAUAGGAUCAAGGAACUACAGGCAGUAGUAAUCUUUUUGAACCAAACAAAAGCCCUUUUUUAUACACAUUUGUUUUGGUUUGAAAAUCUGCUUUCCUGCUGAUCCCUAGUGUUGUUCUUGUCAGACUAUCCAUGCUAAUAUCAGCAUUCCAUAUGUAGUGUCGCUUCGAACAACUGCAUUUCUAUGUGUUUCCUCCUGAAUUAAGUAAUUAUUAUUAACUACCUGCAUCCCUUCAUAGAAGGGAUAAAAAGUAGCCAGGCAGAUGGAAGCUGCAUUUUUACAGAUACAUAUGGGUACUUGUACCUUUUGAAUAUAAAAACAAUCAUGAAUGUGUAAGGACUAAACUUCCAUCAAGGAAGAUAGGAUAAAUUGAAAACUAUUCUUUUGAAUCAUAUACCCCUGUUAAAGAGGCAGAAAAUUGAGGUUCCCGCAAAUAAGAUAUUCAUAUUAAAGAAGUCUAACCCACUCUUCAACCAGUAACUUGAUUUUAGUAAAUAACAGGCUGCGGAUAAAAAAAAAAAAAAAAAACUUUUUAGUUUUUUUAAUCCCAAAUUAAAGUUCCUGGGUGGUACAAAUGGCUACUGGCAAUUCCUGGGUUACAAAUGUCUGACUUGUGUUCAACUCAUAGUUAGGAACAAACCCCCAUAAAGCCUAUUAUGUUAAAAAUUUGAGGUAUAUACAAUGAUUUGUAAUAACAAAGGGGCGCUACUUUCCGACAUGCAUCAAAGCAUUAUUAUUAUUACUGUAUCAUUAUGUUAAAGAUGUUUUAGUGUAUAUAGAAGUGUUUCUUUAACGGUUUUUAUGCAUACAAAGGUACAUUAUAUACUGUGUACUAAGAUAAACAUUUGACUGAAGUUAGAUACGAACUGUACCUAAGUGUUCCAAUUUACAUACAAAUUUGUCUUAAAGACAGACUUAAGAAAGGAACUUGUUCAUAAUCUGGGGACUACCUGUAAUGCACUCAGCUGCUAAUAAAAAGGUUGGAGGUUCAGGUGUACCCAGAGGUGCUUCAGCAGACAGGCCUGGCAAUCCACUUCCGAAAAAUCAGCCCUUAAAAACCCUAUGGAGCGCAGUUCUGCUCUGCCACACAUGGACUUGCCGUGAGUUGAAGUUGACUCAGAGGCAACUGGUACUGGUUAUGCCCAAGUCAAUAUAUCAUGUAAUAAACUAAAAUUAUCAAAGGCAAAACAUAAACCCGUCUCCAAAACCAGGAGAAAAAAAUUAAAAAAAAAAACUAAGUUAAAAAAAAAAACGCCCGUUGAAAAGUGGAAUUAAGCAACAAACUGGAACUAAUUUCCUUUUUUCAGUUGUGGCUAGCAACUUCAGCAUUUUCUGUUUGCACCGAGUAUGUAUGGUCUUUUUAGACAGCAUCCUUGUUAGGGGGAAUAAUAGUGAAAUUGAGCAAGCAUGUUUGCUUACAUUGAUACAUAUCACAAACUACAAAAUAUGCAAAUUAUAAAGGGAAGCUUUAGCAUGUCAACUCAAAUUUAAAAUGGAAUCAAGUUUAUUUUAAUAGAAUAAAAACCUCUCGUACCUCAGAGUACUUAUUAUGAGGUUUAUACAUAAUUGAUAACAGCAAAAAUUAUUCUCUAUUAAAAUGUCUCUGACCUAGGAAAAUACCAAAACUUUAAUUCAUUAAGAGGAGUGGGAAACUUCUUACUUUGAUUUUAGAUGGUAAUUUUAUGUAAUGAAUAUAUAUCUCUGAUAUGAUAUUAGGACUAUUAUACCGUAGUGGAACUGGAAAUGACCGUAAUUUAAACAGGGCAAUUUCAGGCCUCGUGUGUGUUAGCGAGUGCCCAAAAAGUGCCUAGAUGCUUAGUAAAACUUCCUUAUUUGAUGUAUCAUUCAGGAGCUCUCAUAACACAUGCAAAUUAGCAAAAAUUUGAGUGCCUUUCACGUGCUUUAAACUGACCUUGUCUUUAAAACCCAUUGCUGUUGAAUCAAUUCCGACUUAUAGCGGCCCUAAAGGACAGAGUAGAACUGCACCGUAGGGUUUCCAAGGAGCAGCUGGUGGGUUCUAACUGCUGACCUUUUAGUUAGCUGCUGAGGUCUUAACCACUGCGCCACCAGGGCUCUGACCUGUCUUUAGGAGGAUAUAAAAUUGUAUUAAAAAAAAAUAAAGCCCUGGUGGUGCAGGGGUUAAGUUUCAACUGCUAACUGAGAGAUUAGAGGUUCGAACCCACCAGACUCCAUGAGAGAAAGAUGUGGCAGUCUGCUUCUGUGAAGACAAUGGCCUUGGAAACCCUUUGGGGCAGUUCUAUUCUGUCCUGUAGGGUUGCUAUGAGUUGGAAUCAGCUUGACAGCAAUGGUUUUUUUUUUUUAAUUAUAUAAAAAAAAAAGUUAUGAAAAUAAUUUUGUUAGAUUGUUACUUUGCUUCUAAUUUUCGCCUGUCAUGGUGACAUUACAUUCAUCUUUAUAGUACAGCUUUUUGUUUAGAAUAGCCGGCCAAAAGUGUUGGAGCUAGGUGGUGUGCAUUUAUGUGGUGCUUGAUAUGUAUUACCGAAUUACCUCCUCAAUGGCCCAUUUUCCAAUUUUCCUGCCACUGGUCGUGUUUGAGAUAAUAGUUUCUUUAGUUCUGGAGCUUAUCCUUUAAAUACAUUUAUUUUUCCCCAGUGGGCUAGAAAAAAUGGUAUUUUAUUUUAUGUCUUUUACUAUGAAGAUUAAUUUUUUUCUAAAUAUUUCUUUACCAAUAUUAUUCGCAGUUACUUUUAAUUUUUUUUUUAUUGUGCAUUAGGUGAAAGUUUAUGGGGCCAAUUAGUUUCUCAUUUGAUAGUUUGUACAUAAAGUGUUCAUGACAUUGGUUUCAUUCCCCACAAUGUGUCAACGCUCUUCCAAUCUCCGUCCUAUGGCCCUCGUUUCUUUUCGUCCUGAUUAUCUACCUCUCCGGCCCAUUUGUCUUGUACAAUUGAUUGUUCUAAGGUGCACAUUCCUUUAGGGUGUUAUUGUUUAUUUUAUGGGCCUGUCUAUGGCUUAAGGAGCCCUGGUGGUGCAUUGGUUAAGAACUGGUCUGCUCACCAAGAGGUCAACAGUUUGAAUCCACCAGCUGCUCCUUGGAAACCCUAUUAGGCAGUUGUACCCUGUCCUGUAGGGUCGCUAUGAGUCAGAAUCGACUUGACAGCAGUGUUUUUUGUUUGUUUUUAUGAUUUAAGGAACACUGGUGGCUUAGUAGUUAAAGUGCUCAGCUGCUAAUCAAAAUGUCGGCAGUUUGAAUCCACCAGCUGCUCCUUGGAAACCUUAUGGGACAGUUUUACUCUGUCUUAUAAGGUUGCUAUGGUCUGAAUCGACUUGACAGCAACAGGUUUUUUUUUGUUGUUGUUUUUGGUUAUUUAUGGUUUAAGGAACCCUGGUGAUGCAGUGAUUAAAGCUUUUAGCUGCUAACCAAAAGGUUGUUGGUUGGAACCCACCAGCUGCUCUGUGGGAGAAAGAUGUGGCAGUGUGGUUCCACAAAGAUUUGCAGCUUUAGAAACCCCAUGGGGGAGUUCUACUUUGUCCUAUAGGGUCACUAUGAGCGGGAAUCAACUUGAUGAGAGUGGACUUGGUUUUGGUUUGAUCUAUGGUUUGACUAAAAGGUGGUCUCUGGGAAUGGCCUUAGUUCCAGUUCAGAAGGGUGUUUUAGGGCCAUGGCCUUGGGGGCUCUUGCAGUCUCUGUCAGACAGGACAGAGAAUUUGACUUUUUGUUCUAUAAUUUUUCUCCCACUCUGUCUGGGACCCUCUGUUGUGAUCCCAGUCAGAGCAGUUAGGUUAGAAUUUAUUGGCAUCCUUAAUAUCAUAACUUUUAAGUAGCAUAAUUGAUAUCCCAGAAUCAAACCAUAGGGUUAUGUAAUCUUCAUUUCAUGUAUACCGAUGUAGAAAACAUGGUUAAUGUUUUGGAAGAAUUCAAUUUGAAAUCAUUUUGGAGAUUUUUUUUCUUGUCAAAUUACGUAUUUUUAAAUGUAACAUUUUUACUAUUUAUGCUGCCUACUUUCUAUAGUAAUCGUAGCUCUAACAUUAGUAUUAUAGCAUUUAUGCCAGCUUUAUGACAUAUUUGAAUCUCAGAAAUAACUUGAAGAUGUGUUGUUAGAUGAAAUGUACAAGGUCCCUGUGAAACACUACUGUUUAGGAACAUACACACUAUUUGUCCUCUAGACGUUGCCUUCUCCGGAGCAGUGGUCUGUGAAGGGUUGUGUGCCCCAGGGGGUGCAAAAGGUGAACUCUUGGAAUGUGUUAAGCAGAUAUUAGAAUUUGGAAUAUUUCGUCUAAGGAGUAAAACACACACACACAAGCACAAACCUAGGCAUUCCUAAUAUUUAUGGUCUCAUCUGACGCUUUCACUCAGUCUAUCAGAUGCCUCUCAGUGGUGGUUCAAUGGUAGAAUUCUCACCUUCCAUGCAGGCGACUGGGUUUGGUUCCCAGCCUAUGCACCUUGUGUGCAGAUACCACCUGUCUUGUGUGUUGCUAUGGUGCUGAACAGGUGUCUGCAGAGCUUCCAGACUUUGACUGACUAGGAAGAAAGGCCUAGCAAUCUUCUCCCAAAAAUCAGCCAGUGAAAACCCUAUGGAUCACAACAGACUGAUCUGCAACCAAUCAUGGGGAUGACGCAGGACCAGGCAGCACUUCCUUGCUUUGUGCAUGGGGUUAUCCUGAAUCAGGAGCCAACUCAGUGGUAGCUAACAACAACAAUGUAUCAGGUACAGCAAAGAAUUCUGAGGGAAGUGUGGAGGAGGGGGCAGUGGCAAGCUCAUUUGUCUCGUUUCUGCCCGUGGCAUUUUAGGCAUGACUGACGAAGUAGACUGAGAUACAUUAUUUUAGAUCAUAGAAUUCUGACAAUACUUUCUAAUACCAGUUUUACCAGUUGCCAUCAAGGUGAUUCUGACUCAUGGCGACUCCAUGUGUAUCACAGUAGAACUGUGCUCCAUAGGGUUUUCAAUGGCUGAUUUUUUGGAAGCAGAUUUCCCGGCCUUUCUUCUGAGGUGCCUCUGGGGGGAAUCGAAUCACCGACCUUUUGGUUAGCAGCUGAGAGUACUAACUGUUUGGAUCACAAGACCAUACACUUAUCUUUUAUACCAGACAGAGAGGUUUGUAGAUUACCGCAUUUUUACACAAACAACACAUGCAUUAUGUUUUUUGCCAGCCUCACAACCCUUUCACGCAUUGUUUUCCUAGGUGUGCUAUGCACAGUUAUAUGUGUGGGUGCCUUAUUUGUGAAAAAAUACGGUAAUGGCAAAGUAUUUAAAUGAGUUGUCAGAGUAAAGAUAUUACAUUUUUUUCUUUUACAAAAAGACAGAUGUUCCACAUUUGCUCACCUUUCAUGUGAAGACAAGUUGUCAGUAGCUACUUAGUUGGUUCUUACCUUGCAGAUAUGUUUGAAAAAAUAAACACAAUCUGUCCCUUUCAGGUAAAGGUGGCAAUUGAAUGAGUGAGAAAGUAACUGCAGUCAGGAGCAAGGGAAAUGUACACUAUAGAGAGAGCAUUUUUGAAAUGACUGUUUGGAAAUGUUUCCAUUUAUUAUGUUAAUUUUCUCACCAAAACUGAUGUAAGUGCAUCAUCUAUUUUUAAAAAACUCAAUUCUGCCUGAGUGCACACAAAAACUAAAACACAGAAGUUUUUAACCUUGUUUAAAAAUCUUCAAAGAUUUUAGUAGGUAUCAGACCAAGUUUUCAAAAAUAAAAGAAUGGAACUCCUUCCACAGUAUCAAGACAAAUAAAAAUUUCCUACAAAAAAUUUCAAGGAAAAUCUCUGCAUAACUGGUAGAUGAGACUUGAAAUUGUCUCUCAUGUUUUAGUGUUUUAGUAAGUGCAGCCAGUGAUGUACUCCUUGGCUUUGGAGCUGUGAAUCUUUCUCAGGGCAGUCACUAAAACCUAGCAUGGAAGUAAACUGGACUUAAAUCCAUCCUUUUUAUUUUAAAUUUUAUUUAUUUUGUUGUUAUUGAGAAUAUACACAGCAAAACAUACACCAGUUCAACAGUUUCUACAUGCACAAUUCAGUGACAUUGUAAAUCCAUUCUUUUAAAUUGCUGUAUCUUGAAAUAUCUCACCAAGAUUAAAAAAAAAAGCCGAUUCACAUUACUUUCUCCAAAGUAGUUUUGUAUCUUUACCUCAUCCUAUUUAAAGUUCUGUUUUAUAUGUUUUGCAAUAUGCAUAUUAGAACAGUAGUGAUUGUAUUUAAUUUAUGCGUACAUACAGGAGGACAUGCCCAGAUUUUUAUACUAAGAAGGAUGUGCCAUCAAAGAGUGGAGAUUACUGUUUAGAAAGACUUUCCUGACCUGCCUCUAUGUGCAUAUGGGUGUGACAGGGCCCCUGUCAAAUUUGCCAACCUGCUUAGUCACCUUUCACUUCUCUGCUCUCUCCCACUGGUGCACUAUAAUGUGUCUGGCGCCGUGUUUGCAGGGCCCAUAAUAAUGGACCGGACAGACCUUGUGAAAGAAGCUUUGGGUGUACUGGGAACACAAAUGUUAAACAAGGACAUGGCAUGAGAAUUGUUUAAUUACGAUUGUGAAUAAGUGUUCAAAGGAAAACCACUGGGGAUAGCAAGACUGGGUCAUAUGUGAAGACCUUAAGGCCAUAAGAACUGAAAGGAUGGUGUGGCUGAAGGGAGAUGAGAUGUGAGGAAAGCGGUGGGUGAGGCAGAUAAUGCAGGGCUUUAUAAAAAAUCCCCCAGUGCCUGCCAGGGUGCCAGGUAUGUAGUAGGAGCACAAUAAUUCUUUAUAAAUAAACAAAUAUAACAAUUUUAGGCGGAAUCUCAAAUUGAUGGCUCAGAGUUAUUUCCUUGACCCAUACAAUUUUUUUUUAAUUAAAAAAAAAAAAAAAUCCUCUCCAGUUCGCCACAGGUAACUAAUUCCUACUGUAUCCUUACUCAUUUCUUUACCUGCUCAGAUGUUGAACACAUCUACCAUUGCAACCCUAUAGACAGGAAAAAGAGAAGUCCUGCCCCACAGAAAAUAAGCUGUUUACUAACGUAAGGUUAUUUAUCUUGAGUAUCACUAGUAAUUCAUGUAUAAACUAGAGCGUUGUGUCUUAAAGACUACAUGAGUAUUUUGCUAUUGUUGUUAGGUGCCGUUGAGUCAAUUCUGACUCACAGCAACCCUGUGUACAACAGAACGAAACACUGCCUGGUUCUGUGCCAUCCUCACAAUGCUUGUUAAGCUUGAGCCCAUUGUUGUAGCCACUGUGUCAGUCCAUCUUUUUGAGGGUCUUCCUUGUUUUUAACAUGUCCAAAGUAUGUGAGACGUAGUCUCACCAUGCUUAUUUUAAGGAGCAUUCUGGUUGUACUUCUGCCAAGACAGGUUUGUUCGUUCUUUUGGCAGUCCAUUCAAUGUUCUUCUUCAAUACCACAAUUCAAAGGCCUCAGUUCUUCUUUGAUCUUCCUUAUAUGUCCAACUUUCACAUGGAUAUGAGGUAAUUGAAAACACCAUGGCUUGGAUCAGGCACACCUUAGUGUGUCUUCAAGGUGACAUCUUUGCUUUUCAAUACUUUAAAGAGGCCAUUUGCAGCAGAUUUGCCCAAUGCAAAUGUGACUGCUGCUUCCAUAGGUGUUGAUUAUGGAUUCAAGUAAAAUGAAUUUUUUUAUUAUUAUUUUAUAAUAAUAAUGAUACUGAAAGCCUGUGUCUGUUUGACCAUUAUUGCAAAAGUUUUCAAGGUGGAGAGUUCCAGAAAAAUAACUUGAGAAAUUCAAGCAAGUAAGUUUAUAAUUUAUUCAUUCAUCAUACACUGGAAAUAGCUGUUAUUUUUUUAAAUCAGUUCCCUUUUUUUCUUGAUCUCAUUUUCUGUCACAAAGAACAGUAAACUUCGAAGAAGUGAUCUAAAAGCUUACUGAAAUCUGGAUCUACUAAUAUGCUUUCUAUCUUUCUUUCUUUGGGGUUUUCUUUAUUCCUGCAAUGUACUUUGGAGAUUGUAUCAAAAAGAAACUGCCUGUUUAAAUGUGUCAUUAUCUGUGGGGGAAAACAAAAGAAAUAGGUAGACUGGAUGAUUUGCAAAGAUAGCAAGGUACUGGUUAUAUUUAAGGGUAUCUUCUUUCUGCCUUCUGAGUUUGGCCUUUAAGAAUCUUCAGGCCAACACAAAAGGCUUAAGAAGCUGCUAUUAUACCAGUAAUCAAUACAUUAGGAUCUUGGGGAAAGGAAGGUAGUAAUUAGAAGAAAAGGAGCCCUGGUGGCACAAUGGUUAAAAGUGCUUGGCUGCUAACCUAAAGAUUUGAACUCACCCAGCUGCUGCAUGGGGAGAAAGACCUGAUGAUCUGCUUCUGUAAAUAUCAGAGCCAAGAAAACCCUAUGGGCAGUUUUACUCUGUCCCAUGGAGUCACUAUGAGUCGGAAUUGACUCGACUGCAUUCGAUAACAGCAACAAUUAGAAGAAAUCUGGAUCAGGCAACUGACCAAAAAUAGAAAAAUGAAAGCCUUUCCUCUUCUCUCCCAAGUUAGUAGCAAGUAACUGGCUGUAUUUCAUUCUUUGUCUGACCUAGCAAGGGUAGAGUCAAAGUUUUGUUUUUCUUAGAGCCUCAGAGGAAUCUUUUUUGGAAGUCGCGUGGUUAUUUCAAAGUUGGAAAAAAUAAUAGGCUCCUUUGGAAAUUUAUGAAAACAUUUUUCUUGACUUCCGUCUCAAAACCAGUUGAUUGAUGGAGGGAAUGUGGUUUAGGACCAUACCAUUUUGAAAGUAAAGUGGCAACAGAUCAGGCUGGGAAAGUAAGCAGAGGCAGAACUUUCAGAUCUUGCAUAGUUUGGAUUCUCCCCCAAGUACGGUGAGCAGCCAUCAUUUCUUGGGGAGUGAUGGACAGUUCUGCAAGCCACAACAAAGUUUGCAGACCUGCCACAGAUUCCUUCACUACAAAUCCUGGAGUAAUAUCCUUUCCCUCUUUUGCUACCUAUUGAAAAUCCUACUUAUCCUUCAAGGAUAUCCUUUCCCCAGUGAAGGAAGUAUUUUGCAGACAUUUGGGAAUUAGAGAAUUAAGCUGGAAAUGGAGGUUUAUUACUGGAGAUAGACAUUUUGGAGUCUUCUGCAUAACGGAGUAGUUGCAGUCCUCAAAUGGAUCACUUACCAGAGCAGAUACUGGAGAAAGAGAAGAAUACAAAGGGAUAGAAUAGGCAGGGGAGAAUCUAUGUAUGAUAAGGGGUUCCGUAAGCAUGAACAAACACACUGUGGAGCAGCAGGUGGAGGCUGGUUGAGGGUGGGUAGAAUACUUUUAUAGUGAAAAAUGUUUUAGUUGCAAUAAUUUUUUUUAAUAGUAACUCAUAGCAACCUCAGAAUAUCAGAGCCUUAUUGGUGGACACUGUCAUGGUAGGUAUGGAGGGAAGAGUUGAAGGCAAGGGAUUCUAAGCUACUAGAAAGAGCAUUUGUAUAGUGUGACACUGUUGGGAAGUAGACUGAGGCAGCAGUAGUGUGUGGUUGGGACUUCAACUGAACACAUUACUAAAGAAGUAAUAGAAAACAUUUUUACUAACUACUUUUAAAGAAAGAAUAGAGGUUCAAGGAUAAUAGGUUUGCUUUGAAGAUCUGUACAAAAACAUUUUCAUACAAAAAUAUUCAAGCAACAGGAUUUACCUGGCAUGUAUUCAAGAAUUUCCAGACCUUACUUCAUUACGGCUCACAGACAAGCAAAAUGGAAAUUGUGCAUCAAUUGUUUUUAUUAAAAUGUGUUAUUUUGAAGCCAAUGAGGGUAUUAUUUUAACACCAAAUAUUCUUGAGUGUUUUUAGAACACUAAAGAGUGCAAAUCCAGUUAAGAUGCAGAUUAGAUUCAUUCUAUGAAAAUGGACAUUGUCCUCUAGUUAAAUAACAUUGGAGUUAUCACUCUGAGGAUUUUACUCUUUAGUAAAUAAGUAAGUGUCAGAAGUACUUAAAUUUUUCUACUCCAUGUUUUAUCUAAACAAAAUUAAGUACUGACAUUCAUGUGGUUUAAUUGUACUGUUGUUUUGUCACAAAAAUAUGUUUAUUGGUAAUUAAUAAUCUAUCAUAACCAACUUGGCCAAAAUACAUGGAAGUUCCCAAUUUCAUGACAGAAGCUGUGCCAGUUAACUUUUAAUAAAAGUGCUGAGGUAUAUUACUUACCCGCUCCCUUAAACAUUUUGGAUUAGUAUGUUUUAAUUCAGGAAGCACAGCUUACAUGCUAAAAUUUUCAUUUUAGAUCAUUUCCAUUAUAAAUGUCUCUUAGUAAGCUAUUGGAAGUAAUGUAACCAACCUUUCAUAAAAAGAAAAACUAAGUUCAAUAUAAUGAAGAAACAAACGGUUGUGAAACACCGUGUGAAUGUUUGGCAGAACUUCAUAGGCUCCUUAGUCAACAGAAUUUGUACAGAAGUAACAUCUGUACAAAGAGGAGGAGAGGGCUAAGUGAUGGUGGCAGCCUUCUAAGUCUAUAGUGGUCAGGGUAUUUGGUGAGUAGCUGUGAAUUUUUUUGCAUGGAUUUUUGGUAUUUUUCAGGGCUUUUUAAUAUCUCUGACAAAUAAUCUUAAUAAAUUAAGGUAUCUAAAUGUAAUUAUUUGAAAACUCCUUUUCAGUAUGCUGGAAACCCUGGUGGCAUAGUGGUUAAGAGCUACAGCUGCUAGCCAAAAGGUUGGCAGUUCGAAUCUACCAUGUGCUCCUUGGAAACCCAAUGGGGGCAGUUCUACUCUCUCCUAUAGGAUCACUAUGAGUUGGAAUUGACUUGACGGAAACGGGGUUUUUUUCCCCCCCGAUAUACUAUUAUAAACUUCAAAGUUUAUAAAUCAUUUUGUGUGAGGAACAAGUUCGCUCACUUCUUUUGAGUAUGCCAAGACUUUUGAAAACCACAGAAAAGAAAUAGAGUUAACCAGAGACUAUUUCUACUACUAAAAAUGAGAAGCAAUGAAUGCACCAGAAAUCAUUUAUUUUUGGGUUUAUGAUAUCCAAGACAAACCUUCUGUUUGGGACUCUUGGUUUUUUGUUUUUUUUUAAAGAAUAAAAUAAUUUUAUUUGCCCUUUAAUUUUUUUUAAGUUAAGGGUUAAUUUAUAUACUGUAGAAUUUACCCUCUUUCGUGUAUAAUUUUGUGAGUUUUGCAGUUUUGUAACAGUCAUGUAAUCAUCACCAUACUGAAGAUAAAGAACAGCUCCAUAACUUUCUGUAAUCGUGCCUUGCCUUUUUGUAAUCAUUCCCUCCCUACAACAGCAGUCCUUGGUGACCUCAGAUCAGUUUUCUGUCCCUGUGGGUUUGCCUUUUCCAGGCUAUCAUAUGGAAUCACAGAUACACAAUUUUUCAAGUUUGGCUUCUUUCAAAUGCAUAUAUGGGGGUGUCUUUAGUUCAUUCCCUUUUAUUGAUACGGAUAUACCACAGUUUAUUUGCUCACCAGCUCAAGAAAAAUUGGGUUGUUUCUAGUUUUCAGUGAUUAUGAAUAAAACCUCAGAAAACAUUCACAUACAGGUCUUCAUGUGAAUGUAUUCAUUUCAGUUGCAUAAGUACCUAGGAGUGGGUUUGCUGGAUCACCUGAUAAGUGGGUACUGCCAUAGCUGCUAGUGGUAGCUUAGAAUUUGCUUUUGAUAUUGUGGUAGAAGGUGCAUAUAAUUGUAGGUUAUCUACUACUCGUGGAUAAUUGAGAACCAACUGUAGCAGUUACAUUUUAUUUUUAUGGUCACUUCCUAGCUGCAAACCAUGUUUUGACGUUCUGGCUUUCAUCUCUAAAGAUUGACAAGUGAAUUCCAUUGUAUCGUCCCUUGUUGUGGAAAGGUGAAUUCAAUUUAUCUUUUUACUAGGCUGACUGGUCAAGAUUUUUAACGUCUUCACCCUAGUUUCUCUUUUGUAAAAUGGUUACAAAUUAUGAUUAUCUUAUAGAACGAUUGUGAGGAUUCAAUGAAACACUACACGGAAAGUGCUUAACACAGCACCUGACAAAAAAUAAAUGUUAGGUAUAAAAAAAAAAGUUGUUUGAAAGCCAAACCUGAGAUUGUAAUUUAAAUAUUGCCAUGAAAAGAUUAGGAAGCACAGAAGUUUGGGCAUUGUCUUAGGUGGGAUUCUCUAGAGAAGCAAAACCAGUAAAGCAUGUAAAUUUAUCUAGAGAGAGAUUUUAUCAAGGAAAUGGCUGAUGCAGUUGUAGAGGCUGGAACGUCCCAAGUUUGUGGAUCAGGAUAGAGGCUUCUCUUGAUUCACAUAGCCCCAGGGGCUAGCGAACCCAGGAUUGGCAGGUUGGAAAGCAGGGCUCCCACUUUCGGGCUGUGAAGAUCGAUGAAUCCCAAGGUCUGCAGAUAAGCUGGUAGCUCAAGUCCCAAGAGCAGGAGAUCAGAUGAAUAGGAGGUACCUGCAGCUCUGUCCUAUAGGGUCGCUAUGAGUCGGAAUUGGCUCGAUGGCACUACGUUAGGCAGGAUCCAGAGAGAGCAAAAAAGCCAGAACUCUGCAGGUGCAGGCCACACCCCCAAGGAAAUGCCCUUUCAACUGAUUGGCUACUCACAGCAGGUUCAAUCAUGGGAGUGAUCACAUAUAAAUACUGAAAAUCAUGGCCCAGCCAAGUUGCCACACAGUCUUAACCAUCACAGGCAUUUUUGUGAGAGAAACAUUCUGUUUUUUAAAUUACCGAAUUUUGCCAAGUCUAAGUGGUUUUGGAAUUAAGUCUCAGCGGUUUUCCUGCCUUGGUGAAAUUGAAACACAUGAGUGCAGUUUGGGGAGAAAAUAAAAGAUAAUUCAGAUUUGUUCUCUUUGACUCCUUUUCUCUGUGUUCUAAUUCUUGAUUCAUUUCUAGAUUUCUAAUGAAACUUAUUCCUGAAUUUUAUGCAAACAAAAUUCUUUAAUUAAAAAUUAUCAGGUUGAUGAUUUCCAUUUCCUGAUGAGCAGUCCCUGUAAAAGUAUGUGUGUGUGAAUCCAGAGAACAAACCCUCAUACCUCAUCCUAAACGUUGUGCUCCUGCUGUGACCUGAAGCAGCAGUAAUUCCAGCAGAUGAGCAAUUGAGUCAGUGCCUUAAGCCAUAGUGAGUGAGUCAAAACUUCAACCCUGACCUGGUGGUUCUCAAAGUAUAGUCCCACACCAGCAGUCAGGGUUACCUGGGAGCUUGUUAAAAAUGCAAAUUCCAUUCCGGGGCCCCGCCACGGACCAUCUGAAUCCAGUUCUGGAGAUGGGACCCAGCAAUCUGUGUUUUAACAAGCCCUCCGGUUGAUUCUGGUAUACCCUAGACUUUGAGAACCACUGCAUCUAGACACACCAAGGAGAGGAUGGAAGAGAUAGUGUUCACCUGUGAGCGAGCCGGCUAUAGCCUGCUAUCUUAGUAUGAUUUUAUAAAUAUUUUAGGUCUGACACUUUCUAAUUUUUUCAAGCCUAUGAAUUUAAACCCUAUGGGGCAGUUCUGCUCUGUCCUAUAGGGUCACUAUGAGUGGAAGUCAACUCGACAGCUAUGAAAAGUACUGAUUAUGUUAUAUAAACUUAUGGUGGUAAAAAAUGAAUAAUAUUUUGCCAGUUAAACAAUGUUUUGAAGUAUCAUGUAAAACUUGGUUUUCUUAGGAAAUUCACGUGCACGAUUUAUUCACCAAAUCAGUGAGCUGUGUUAGAAAGGAAAUUCGUAAUUGGUAAAUAGCAUUUCUAAGAGAAUUAUAAUAAGAUUUUAACAUCUUAAGCCUGUGAGUCAGAAUCUGUCACCUCUUUGGUCCAAGACCUGGACCCGGUUAAAAUGGAAACAAACUGUUUUCAUGUUAGCCUUUUUAGAGCAUUACUAAUAGUUCAGGCAUUGGUCAAUUUAUAAACCAUCAUAUUCCCAAAUGUAUUUCUAGGGCAGUUGAAGGUUCCAUGAACCUACAUUGUUUAUUUUAUUGUAAUAAAUAGAAGUCUGUCCACCCUCUGCAUAUACUCAGUCUCAUGAAAAAACGGCAGCAGCUCUUCCUCUGGGGAGGUGUGGCAUAUGAUGCAGGAGGUUGUCUUUGAGCAGUGAGGUCCGAGAAUGCACUAAAGUGACAUUGCACCAGUCAGAACUCCUGGCUGAUCCUGUGUAAUCUCCAGUCUACUGGAGCCUUUAUAGCAAGGACUGAGAUUUUAUCACAUGACCUUUGAAAGAGUAAAGCCUAGUAUUUUCUUAUCAAGCCAGAUUAGACUAAGUAUCAGUAUAUGUGAAAUCAUGUCCAGUGAUAAAGGCAGCAGUAUCUGUCCAAAGAUCGUUAUAGUUCCAUCUUGCUCAACAAGCAGCACAACCACACUGGUUGAUCAGACGGUAUCUAAUGAAGAGGCUCAGGGAAUAAAUGGAAGAACGCCAGCGAAACACACAGCUGCAAGUCCAAAGCCACAAGUGCCUCCAAAGCCAUUACAUCUGCAGAAUUCACCUUCAUCCAAUAUACACCAAACCCCCAGGCAUAAAGCUUUAUCUAGUGCAAAACCAAGGAUGGAGGAAGUUAAACCUGCCCCUGCUUCUUGUGUCUCAAAAGAAAAAUCCAGUAAGGUAUCAGAUCUCAUCAGUCGCUUUGAAGGAGGCAGCACGUUAUCAAAUUACAGUGAUUUGAAGAAAGAACCUGCUGUGAGCCUAAAUGCUCCUAGAACCCUGGGAAUGCAUGGACUGACAACCACACCUCAGCAAAAACUCCUCUCCCAGCACCCACUUCAGAAGCAGAGAAAUGAUACAGAUCAAACUCAGGGUGUACAGACUUGUGUGGCCAAUGGUGUAAUGGCAGCGCAGAACCAGAUGGAAUGUGAGGAGGAUAAAGCAGCCCCCCUUAGCCCAGAUACUUCUUUGCAAACUCCUGUCCCCUUGCUUGAUACAAACUUGGUGAAUGGAGAAAGAGAUGAAACUGCUACAGGCCCUGCAUCACCCACAACAGAUAUCUGUGAUGGAAAUGCUUCUGACAGUGACUGCAGGACUCCUGAUACAGGCCCCGUGCUCACACUGGAAAAAGGAACGGUGGAAACAGACGCCAAGGUCCAAGAGAGGGAAAAUGGAGAAUGCCCUCUGGAACUGGAGCAGCUGGAUCAGCACCAUGAGUUGAAGGAGACUAAUGAGCAAAAACUUCACAAAAUAGCAAAUGAACUUUUACUUACAGAAAGAGCUUAUGUCAACCGACUUGACCUGUUAGAUCAGGUAUUUUAUUGCAAACUAUUGGAAGAAGCAAACCGAGGCUCAUUUCCAGCAGAGAUGGUGAAUAAAAUCUUUUCUAAUAUUUCAUCAAUAAAUGCCUUCCAUAGUAAAUUCCUAUUGCCAGAGCUGGAGAAACGAAUGCAAGAAUGGGAAACCACCCCUAGAAUUGGCGACAUCCUUCAGAAAUUGGCACCUUUCCUUAAGAUGUAUGGAGAGUAUGUGAAGGGAUAUGACAAUGCAAUGGAAUUGGUUAAAAACAUGACAGAGCGGAUCCCCCAGUUCAAAUCAGUGGUCGAAGAAAUUCAGAAACAGAAAAUCUGUGGGAGUUUGACUUUACAGCAUCAUAUGCUAGAACCUGUUCAGCGGAUACCCCGGUAUGAGCUCCUCCUUAAGGAUUACCUCAGAAAAUUGCCGCCGGACUCCCUGGACUGGAAUGAUGCUAAAAAAUCACUUGAAAUUAUAUCUACUGCAGCAAGCCAUUCUAAUAGUGCAAUAAGAAAAAUGGAGAACCUAAAGAAGCUCUUAGAGAUUUAUGAAAUGUUGGGAGAAGGGGAAGACAUUGUAAAUCCUUCAAAUGAACUCAUAAAAGAAGGACAGAUCCUCAAAUUAGCUGCUCGGAACACAUCAGCGCAAGAACGCUACCUUUUCUUAUUCAACAACAUGUUGCUGUACUGUGUGCCCAGAUUCAGCUUGGUGGGUUCUAAAUUCACAGUUCGAACUAAGGUUGGCCUCGAUGGAAUGACGAUUGUAGAGACUCACAAUGAAGAAUAUCCACAUACUUUCCAGGUAUCUGGGAAAGAGAGAACACUGGAACUGCAGGCCAGUUCUGAGCAAGACAAAGAAGAAUGGAUCAAGGCCCUUCAAGAGACUAUUGAUGCUUUCCAUCAAAGGCAUGAAACCUUCAGAAAUGCAAUUGCAAAGGAUAAUGACAUUCAUUCAGAGGUUUCUACUGCUGAGCUAGGGAAAAGAGCCCCAAGAUGGAUCCGAGAUAAUGAAGUAACAAUGUGUAUGAAAUGCAAAGAGCCUUUCAAUGCACUGACAAGGAGAAGGCAUCACUGUCGAGCAUGUGGACAUGUGGUUUGUUGGAAAUGUUCUGAUUACAAAGCUCAACUUGAGUAUGAUGGUGGUAAACUGAGCAAAGUUUGUAAAGACUGCUAUCAAAUAAUAAGUGGAUUCACAGAGAGUGAAGAGAAGAAAAGGAAGGGAAUUCUAGAGAUUGAAUCAGCAGAAGUAUCUGGAAACAGUGUGGUGUGCAGCUUUCUGCAGUACAUGGAGAAGUCAAAACCUUGGCAGAAGACUUGGUGUGUGAUUCCCAAGCAAGACCCUCUUGUGCUGUACAUGUACGGCGCCCCACAGGACGUCAGAGCCCAGGCCACCAUUCCACUUCUGGGCUAUGUUGUGGAUGACAUGCCAAGGAGUGCAGACCUGCCGCACAGUUUCAGACUGACCCAGUCCAAGUCCGUGCACAGCUUCGCUGCAGACAGUGAGGAACUGAAACAGAAGUGGCUGAAAAUCAUCCUCUUAGCUGUCAGAGGUGAGACACCAGAUGGUCCAAAUGAGCAUCCAGCCACCUGGGACGAUCACGCUGAACCUAAAUCAAAAUCAGAAUGCUGAACUCCAGGACCAGCCACAGUGUGGGGGGGUCUCAAGAUUUACAGCUCAAGACAUUCCCAGUCUCCUUAUUCAUCUCUCAGCACUUUAUGUUAAAAUAUACAGGCUCAUAAAUGCAUCGUUUGGGGACUAUUCUCCUAUAUUUAUGUAGUUUUAGUGAAAUUCACAUGCAGAGCCAUUCCACUGAUAAAUUUUGAAGUAAUGUGAAAAGUGGAGCAUUUUUUAUGAGCUAGUUCUUGAAUGUGUAUUUUUGUCUUGAAGAAAAUGGUAUUAAUUGGUUCUCUCACUAUCAGGUUAGAAUGGGUGACUUUCAUUUAAGAAAAAAAAAAUUAUUUAAUGUGUUUUUCACAUGUAGGACUUGUGACAGUUUGAAGAUAUACCUCCAUGUUGCCAAAAUAGAUCCAUGGUAAAAAAAAAAAUACAGGGACAGUUUAGGUUAUUAUAUUAGCUUAUUUAAUUUAGUUCAUAAUGCUAAAUAAACAACAUAUGCUCUUUUAAAACAAAAGGACAAAUUGUUGAUGUUAGGCUUUUGACAUGUUAAGAAAAGGUAAUACUUGUUUUUUGUAGAAAUAUUCAUAAGAAUAAAAUACCUUAAGUAUAUAGCAAUUACGUGUUCAUAGUAUUAAAUAUAAAUAUAUAUAUAUAUAUACACACACACACAAUACAUGCUUUUUCUCCUCAGCUUUAGGUUCAUAUUUGUCUCUAAUUUAUUUUUUAAAUACAAAGCAUGUUUUAUCUUAGAAUUGAACAGUGUUCUAAACUUACAUGUUUUGGGUGAUUUAUGUUUAACUGAUUGACAUCUGACAUCUAAGGGUAUUGAUAUUUUUAUAAUAAGAAAAAGCAGUAAUUUAUGUGACAUGGGAUAUAUUAGUGAAUUCCAACAAUAUUUCCAAAGUCCUUUUUUUUUUCCGUUCUGUGCCUAUUUAAAACAGUGCCUCUUUUUGAAGGUGCUAAUAAUACGUAGUUAAAUAUGAGAGUUCAGUUAAUGCUUUAGUCUUGGUUAUUAUUCUGAGAUAACGUGUGUUUUGGUCACUGGGACUGUCGGUCGUACAGGUUAUUUUACCAUUUCAAAUCCCAUAAUUGUUGCAGCAGUUAGCAUCAGCAUGUUCAAAAAUCUUCACCUAAACCGUAUAAGACGCUUGAGCUUACAAAGAACUGCGGUGUGUGGAAACUACGUUUAUUGCAAUAUUUUUUCCAUAAGACUGUUAACCUGUUGCCAUUGAGUCCAUUCCGACUCAUAGCGACCCUAUAGGACAGAGUAGAACUGCCCCAUAGGGUUUCCAAGGUGCAGCUGGUGGAUUCAAAUUGCCGACCUUUUGGUUAGCCACUGAGCUUUUAACCGCUCUGCCACCAGAGCUCCAUAAGACUGUUAAGCAUGGUUAAAUGAGGACUAUAUAUAACAAUUAAGAUAACUGUGUGGGCCUAUCUCUUUGUGAGUUAUGACACAAAAUUCACAUGUGAUAAUCUGUGUUUGGUGGGUAGUGAAGGAAGUUUAUGCUCAAGUCCAUAAACCACCUCACCAGAGAAGAGAGGGGGAAAACACAAAAUAUUGAGAGAAAAAUACUUUAAUGGCAGGCUGUAGGGAGGGACAAAAUGAUUUAAGAGGAUUUGAUAAUUUUUUUCUAUCUUCUGAGGAACUUCAAUAGACAAAAUAUGACUCCUUUUCUCAAAGGCUUCUUUAUUAUAUUUUACUUGUGAUUAAAAUCUCACUUUAAGGUGACUGCUUAACUUAAAAGGUCUAAUUUGACAAAAGGAUUUUUUUCCUUUACCCUGUCAUACCGCAAACAUUCUCAUUUUUUAAAGCAUCAGUCUGCUAGAUACCCACAGGAAAUGAACUCAUUAUUCUCUGCCUUUGACGAUUACACCUUAACUGUAGAACAGGUUUACUCAGAAUUUGAGACUGCCACACAUUUAUUCAGGACCCAUUGCUUUAAGAAAUAUUAGAAAUAUCUCCUAUUUUUUUCCAUCCAAAAGGAGCAGGUGAACCAAUUAUCAGUGACAUGAUUAGGUUCCCUUUCUCCAUAAAAGGAAUACCAGCCAUGAUCACUAACAUGAACCCAAAUAAUCAGAGCCAAAAAAGAGAUAAAGGUAGCAUCUUAAAAAAAAAAAAAUUUUUUUUUUUUAGGCCCUAUUAAAUCAGGGACAGACUAAAAGAAAAUUUAUAUUGCUUCUAUUUUCUAGUUAGCAACUGUGUGUGUGUGUGUGUGUGUGUACAUGUGUGUUGUGGGUGGUUAUUGAAAAGGUUAAACUAAAGCUGUAGAUGAUGUUUUGGUGUUCUGAAUCAUGAGAAAAGAGAAGCAAUAAAAAUGUGGCAUGAUUAUCAGGGGAAGAUGCCUUUUGUAAAUUUGGAUAGAACAAUAGAAUGUAAGGGCCAGUUAGAAGAUUUAUAGGCCAGAUUAUUUUUGAAAAAUAUUUUAAACAGCAAGAACUAUAUUUUACCUACUAUUAUGUUCUUCUCCUGGACUGGAAGUGACAUGGACACAGUCAAUUUUUGGCUCAAUAAAUAUCAAUGCUAUUUAAUUUAUAUUAUUGAAAUACUCAAGUAUUUACUAUCACUUACAAUAUCCAUUAUCUUUAAUAAAAAGAAUAUUAGAAAUAUUAGUGCUAAAAAGAAAUUUUGGUUAUUCAGUCACCAUCCUUCACUUUGUACCGCACAAUCUUCAGCCAAGCACAAAGAAGCUGUUCACCUGCAUCUCUCUUGUUAAAGAAUCACUAAUGCUUUUACUUACUAAAAGGCGGAGAAGACUCUUUUAAGUCAGCCAUCUUAAAACACUUAACUAAACCGAAAGAUCCAACGUGUGAUUGGUUACAGGAGUAUGUCUUUUGCUUUCUGAGACACCUGAGCAGUCAUGACAAAUUGAACAUUAAAAAAUAACUGGUUGCUUUCCUACUAAAACCAGUAUUCCAUAUGGGUCUUAAUUCUUUAUUUUCUGUCAUUUGGUGUUUUCUGAGUCAUUUUUCUUUAAGGGGCCUUCCUUCAAACUUGAACAUACUUAUUUGAUAAAAACUGCUGUUCAUUAAAAAGCAUUCCAAUUUUUUAAACUUAAAUUUCACUUUUGCUAAAAUUGAAUGUCUACUGUUUGGUAUAUUAAGCAUGAAAUGUAGUGCAGACAUUUAUCUCCAGAUUUUAAGUGGAGUUCAAUAAUGAAAAAUGCUACUAGCCACUUUCAUAAUAAACAUAUCUAUAAUGCCAUCAUGUAUGCAAGCAAUAAAACUCUUCAGGGUAUGUUUUUAUAAUGAAAAUUUAAUAUGAAGGCCCCUAGAGCCAAAGGAUAUAUAGAAAAUUAGUUUCCUAGAAGUAAUACUAUAAUUCAAAUUGUUGAGUAUAGGGACAAGACAGUAGGGUGGAGGGGCAUUCUUCCUUAGAUUCAGAUAACUAUCAAAAAUAUUUUUUAUUUAUGCAAAGGAUAUGGAUGGUGAAACAAUUAAAGCACAUCUGCACUACUUUAUCAAGCUACAUUUCAUUUUCCAUGAAGUUUAAUUCAACAUACAGGUUGGUGUGCUUAUCUUUAGUGAAUGAACUACCCCAAUUAGAAAAUAAAAAAUAAACUCAAUUUUAAAAAAUUACUGAACUUUGUACAAAAACUAACCUUUUAAAUAAAGGACAGACUUCGUGCUGUUGCAGGGUUAAAGAUUAAUUGAUGCCUUCUAAAAAAUUUUUAUCAAAAUUACUUCUGCGAGCUCACAUUCUGUUUUACUUUUUCUUAUCUCUACUUCGUGGACACAGGGUUUUUUUUCCCCUUUAAAUUUUAGAUCUCAUUUCUGAUUAUAUCCAAAGCCUUAAGUUCUUAUUCUGAGCAUACUGUCUGUGAUAACUCUCUAACUUUCUAGACUGAAUGUAUCCUGGGGAAAAGGCACCAACAAGAGCAAAUAAACUCCUAGGGAAUGAAGGUCUUAUUUUUAUGCAGGUAUCCUUGCUACCACACAGAGUAUAAGACCAAUUAAAAUUUCUUACAGGACAUGAUGUUUAUAUCGUGUUAGCUGGUUGAAGAUUAAGCACAUGGAAUUUAUAAGCUAAUAUUAAUUUCAAAGGUAAAAAUGUCAAUGUUUUCAUUCUUAAAUUUUAUAUUCUUCAAGAAUGUAUUAAUAUAAGAACUGUGGCUAACCAGUUCCUGUGCUUAGGACUGUAUUGAGAUCUGUAGCGGAUCAUGUUACUUUUUCAUUCUUACUCAAUUUUAGUAGACUCAAACUGCUUUUUAUUUUCGUACUACUAUCUCCUGUAGAUUCUUUAGAUUUAGAAAAUAUGACUAUUAUAUCUAAGGACCACUAGAAUAGGUCUACUUAAAAAACUUUUUCUGUGAAUUUAUACGUGUAUGUAUAUAUGGAAAAACAUUGUUAAUUUUCAAUUCUGUCUUUCCACAGAAAUGAAAUUUUUUAUAGAAACUUUUCUUUUUAACUUAAAUAUUUUAACUUAAAUUAUUCACAUGGGUUUUGAUGUAUAAUUCAUCCUUGUAUAUGCCCCUUAGUCAUGUAGUCAUGAGAAGAUAACUUUGCUUUCUUUACAGAUAUGACAGACAGGAAAAAGAUUAGAAAGUAAGCAUGAACAGCACGGUAGACAGGAGGAGACUGCUGGUCUCCCAGUCAGAGCAACGUAUGUUGAAAGGAAAAUAAACUGCAGAAGGAAUAUAAACUAUAAGAUAUAAAUCUAUGUAAUUGCAUGCUGAUAGGAUCCGUGGCAACCAGGCCUUUCACUUUGGCCUCUAAAUUGUAUCAUUGGUUAUCUUGUCAUUACUUUUUGUAUCCCUUUAGGCUUUAAAAAAAUGUAUUCUCUUUGGCCAUUCUCUAUACUUUUCACUGAGGCAAAAAAAUCUCUCCAAAAUCAAUCAUGUAUUUCUGGGCUGAGAAUUUGGCAGAAUGCAGUGUCUUUUCAUUGUUCUGAGAUGAAACAGUACAUGGCUUCUAUGAGAGAGUUUUUCACUCCUUGUGGGUCAAUGAGAGUUACAUGAUGGUUACCCCUUCCUAAAAUUUGUUGUGGUAGACUUAGUGAAAAAGUAAAUCAAGAGAUCUCAUUAUAGCAUAUUUAAUAAGUGAAUACCAAAUAAGUAGAGUGAUACAGAGGUUUGGGAAGGAAUAUGAUAGUCUGUGGGGACCAUUAUGAUAACAGAAUUGCAUUAUAUAUUACACAGUAUAGGGAUGUUGGAAUGUAUCAUGGGGGGGGUCUCUCUUCAUUAGCAAAACAAUCAUGUCUGUGUAUAACUUUUUCACCAAAUUAGCAUUUCACUUUGUGAAUGACAAUAGACUGAUAUUUUUUAACAGAUAUUAUCUGGGUUUUUCUUUUCAAUUGUUGACUAAUCAGUUUGAAAAGGUAUGCUCUUUGAAUUUUACAAUUGAUUCAAAUGUGAAAAGGUGUACAUGAAAAGUAAUUUUUCUUUUCUAGUUAUAUGAAUGUAAAAUACUUGCAGAGAGUGUAUAUAUUAUGUAACAUAUGUAUAUUUGGUCAUAAAGGCAGAUAAUUGGAAACAUUGUAAAAUUAAGCACUUUAAUUCUAUUAAAUAUUAAACAUUAUCUUGUAAAUAAACACAUCCUUAAAUCAAUCUUAAAGGCUUAAAUGUUCUUUCAGCUAAGAUUGUAUAUGUUCAAUUCACAAUGAUCUUGGUUGUCUGCUCAGAAAUAAGUUACUCCAGUAAGGUAUUGAUGCUCCUUCCCACCCCCAUGCUCAGCGCCCCCCCCCCAAAAAAAAACUGAGUCUUUCAAGAAUAAAACUUGUGGCAGAAGCCCAGGUUCCCCAAAUAUAGAGACCGUGGCUUCUCCCUGUGAUAACUCCAAGACUAGAUCUCCAGGAAGUGAUUAAACGAUUGCUUUUCUUAGUAGUUCAUCAUAUUUGCCUAAACUCAACAGUCUUAUAUAGUGAAAUGAGCAUGGAAAUGGAAGUUAAAGGAACUGGGUUUGAGUCUUAGUCCUGCUAUUGCCUGCUAUGUGACCUCGGACCCUGGAAUCCCAGUAGUAAACUCUUAUGGUCAUUCCAAGAAAUAAGUAAAAAGGGACUUUUUCUGACUCUAAAGCACUAUACAAAUAGUAUUUUAUGGAACACUUCACUGGGUUUCAGUUACUUUAUUAGCUUUGGAUUAAAAAAAAAACUAAAAUAAAUCAAAACAAAAAAUAAAGCAAAAUUUAUUUGAAAGGACAAGGGACCCCGAAUAACUAAAGCAAUCCUAAAAGAAGAAAGACAACACUUCCUGACUUCAAAUCAUACUAUAAAGCUACAGUAAUUAAAACAGCCUAGUACUUGUAUAAUAGCAGACAUACAGACUAAUAGAAUAAAGAGCCCAAAAUAAAUUCAUGCAUAUUUUUGACAAGGGUGCUAAAUUUCAUCCAAUGGGAAGGAAAUACCUCUUCAAUAAAUGGUGCUGGAAAAAUUGGAUAUCCACAUGCAGAAAAAUGAACCAGGUCGGGUCACCAAACACAAAACCAAUUUAAAAUGGAUCAAGGACCUUAAUGUGAAAACUAAAAUCAUAAAAUUCAUAGAAGAAAAUGUCAGGAUGAAGCUAUAGGAUCUAGGUUUUUGUGAUAAGCUAUCAGACACACCAAAAGCUUUUGUUUUGUUUGGUUUAUCAGAUACACCAAAAGCAUUAGUAGCUAAAGGCAAAAUAGACAAAUGGGACCUCAUGAAAAUUAAAUAUUUCUAUGCAUCAAAAGGCUUUAUCAAAAAAGUAAAAAAAAAAAACCUAUAGAGUGGGUGAAAUUUUGGGGGAACCAUAUAUUCAAUAAAGGUUUAUUAUCCAAAAUUUAUAAAAUACUUCUACAAUUCAACAACAAAAGGAGAAACAGCCCAAUCAAAAAUUGAGCAUAGGACUUGAACAAAUAUUCUACCAAGGAGGAUAUUCAAAUAGACAAGCAAAUGAAGAGAUGCUGAAAGACAUUAGCCACUCCAUCUACUGCCAUCAAGUUGAUUCGGACUCACAGCGACCCUAUAGGAUAGAGAACUGCCCCAUAAGGUUUCUGAGGCUGUAAGUCUUUCUGGAAAUAGAUUGCCACAUCUUUCUCCCAUGGAGUGGUUGGUGGGUUCGAACUGCUGACUUUUAGGUUAGCAGCUGAGCACUGUAACCACUGCACCUCCAGGGCUCCUUCAUUAGUCACUAAAACCUGACCAAACCCUUUAUCAUGGAGUCGAUUCUGACUGAUAGCAACCCUAUAGGACAGAGUAGAACAGCUCCAUUGAGUUUCCAAGGAGCACCUAGUGGAUUUGGACUGCUGACCUUUUUGGUUAGCAGCUGUAGCUCUUAACCACUAAGCCACCAGGGUUUCUCUAUAGCCCUUGUGAGAUGCAAAUCAAAACCACAAUGACAUACCAUCUCAAACCCAUUAGAAUGGCAAAGAUAAAAAAAAAAAAAGACAAAAA